GUUGUGUUGUGUGGUGCGAAGCGUGCUUUACUAUUAUCGAAGAAAAUAAAUAUUUGCAGCAUGCCAUAGAAUUUCUUACCACACUAAGAAAAAGCAGGUUAUUUGAAAGUGUUAAAGGGUUGUAAUAGAUUGUAAGAAGAAAAAUAAAGGGUACCAAAAGAUAAUUUUGAGUUCAAUAUUUUGAAUACAUUAAUGCAUAUUUAUAAAGCUAGAGUUAUGAUGUCCGUAAAGGAGUGUGUGAUGUACGAUGUAAAGAGAAGAUAUCUUAAAACUUUCACUAAUUUGUUAAAGUAUAUUACACGAAGCUGCAGUUCCGCAGCCAAAACAGAUUAUGUUGACGUUCCACAAUAUCCUCCUAUUAGAGUUCAUGGCGAUGAAGGAAACAGACGUUAUCAAAGGCAAUUAUGGUAUGAUCAUAUUAAACAAUUACCAACGGCGGAGGAAAAGUUAUUAGAGUUGACUGCCCAUGAUAAACGUUAUAUGGCAAUCAUUCGUCCGUCAAUUCCAGUAUAUAAUACAUUACCAUUAUAUCAAUAUUAUACAAGAACAAGAUUCAUUGAAGGGCUUCCUGAAAAUUUUCAGAACGUAGAAAUAAUGGAAGAUGAAUAUGAAAACGUUAAAGCACAUUUUCUUGAAAAAUUGAAGAAAAGUUACCUUAGGAUACAAACUGAUGAUCCAGUUGAAAAAGAAUGUUUAGGAGGAAACUUUGCUUUUCAUCAAGCUGUAUCCACAAUAAUGCCAGCUAUGAAUAGGCAAUAUAGCCAUCUUUUGAAAGCUCAGGUGGCAUUUAAACCAAGAUGUGAAUCUUUUUGGUGGAAAAGUAAUAUACACAGUGAUAAUUUUUAUAAAUCUAGAUAUAGAAAAGAUUUUAUGGAUGUAAAUUUUCAGUUUAUUGAUGAACCUGCUUAUCAAUUAAGAACAGAUGAACCAUUAUCACCGAUAGUUCCAUUGGAAGAUCCAUUAUGUAAAUUUUCAGAGGACUAUAUUCCAAUGUUUAAUUAUCAUCCAAAAUAUCAAGGAUAUGAUUAUAAUAAACGAUAUCCAUCAAGUGUUCCAGGUGUUUGGCCUGGUAGUCCAUAUAAAUUUCCUCUGAUGUCUUUUCAUAAUAUGAAAGAUUUAGCAACUGCAGAAGUACAUAUUCAUGAGAAAGACAGAAAAGUGAGACUUGAUGCAUAUGGUUUAAUAGUGUCAUAUGGCUGGUUAAUGGGCAUUGCCACUCAUUUAGGUUUUACUCCAUUUCAUGAAUUAACUUAUCCACUUGUUACACAAACAGUAGUUAGUAAUGGCAAACUUUGGGCAUUUUUUAUUUAUCAAUUAAAUACCAUUGGAUUACACAGUGAUGUAGAUAACAAUUCUCUUCAAAACUUGUGUUGGUCAUCUGGUCCUAUGGAAUUAUUUGAUGUAAUUGAAAAUAAUGAAUUUAAAGGUUUAAAUGAAGAUGUUUUCAAGAUUUUAUAUAAAUUCUUUAUAAACAGGCCAUAUUAUACAAAAGGAUUAAACCUGACUCCUUAUCUUAGUGAAGAUAAAAGAUCAGAAGAAGAAAUAUACCAAACUAAAUUAAAACUGAGACAAUUAUAUGAAAAUAGAAUAUCAGACUAUGAAAUGUUGCAAGAAAUUCCAAUUUGGAAAAGAAUUUAUUGGAAAAGACCUAUGGCAUUACCAUCCAUUUGGUUAAAAUAAAAUUAUUGAAUAUUAAAACAGAAAUUUGUCUGUAAUUCUUAUUGCCUAUAAUUGUGUCCUUCUGAAAGUAUCAUAAUU